AUGGGGGCAAGAGCUGCUGUGCAGUUCUGUGAGGGGAGAGGAGUGGGCAUCGAGGAACAGGGACUCCACGCAAGCAUUGGAGGGGCCCAAAACAUGCUCACAGCCUUUGUGAUCCCUGCCUUGCUGCAGCUUCAAGAGACAGUGAAAAGGAAGUUGGAAGGUGCACGUUCACCUCUCAAUGGAGAACAGCAGAAUGGAGUUUGUGAUGGGAGCUUUUCUCCAACCAGCAAGCGGAUACGGAAGGAUGUACCAGGCAUUGAGGCAAUCAACAGCUUGUCCAAUAACUUGCCUUUGCCCGCUGUUUCUCCUCUUCACCAGCUGGAUAUGAAAGCUCCCCUGCAGAACAGUGGAACUCAUAAUAGUGGUCUAGAAGACUUGGGUAAAAACGGUGGGCUUUCUGAGAUAAAGCUCCCCGUUAAUGGCUGCAACGAGCUAGAUGAUAGCUUUAAUAUCCUGCAGAACAAGGAGCUAAAGCAGGAGCCUUUGGAUGACCCCAGCUGCAUAGACACUUCGGAAACAUCUCUUUCAAAUCAAAACAAGCUCUUCUCAGACAUUAACCUGAACGAUCAAGAGUGGCAGGAGCUAAUAGAUGAACUAGCAAACACUGUUCCAGAAGAUGAUAUACAAGAUUUGUUCAAUGAAGACUUUGAAGAGAAGAAGGAGCCAGAAUUUCCCAGGCCUGCCACAGAGGCUCAAGAGAGUGCAAGUGUGAAGAGCGACCCAUCUCAUUCUCCAUUUGCUCACGUCCCAUUAGGGUCUCCCCAGGUGAGACCUUCUUCUUCCGGUCCUCCCUUUUCAAACGUCUCCACAGCCUCCAGCAUAGCUUCUGUGUCCAGUGCCCCGCCAGCCCCAAUCCCUGCCGGGUCACCAGGGAACUGUGUUGUUCAAUCACCUCAAACUCCCGGGCAGGUCCACACCCCGGGGCAGACGCAGGCACGGCCUGGAAAUGGCUAUCUCAUGAAUCCAGCAGCUGCUGUGGCGGGGUCAGGACCUGGGCCUGUGAAUAUGCCAAGUGCUGACUUGUCUCCAGCUGAACAGCUCAAGCAAAUGGCCGCCCAGCAGCAGCAGAGAGCGAAGCUCAUGCAGCAGAAGCAGCAGCAGCAGCAGCAUCCAAAUCAAGCCUCGAGCUGGUCGCCUGCAGGGCCUCCAUCCAGUCCGUAUGGAGGACCCUUCAGUGCCGACAAACCAAAUAGUCCAAUGAUGUAUCCCCAAGCCUUUAACAACCAAAACCCAAUAGUGCCUCCUAUGGCAAACAAUCCACAGAAGACCACAAUUAAUAACUACCUCCCUCAAAAUCACAUGAAUAUGAUCAGUCAGCAGCCAAAUAACUUGGGCACAAACUCCUUAAGCAAACAGCCCAAUAUGCUUUCUUAUGGCAACACCAAACCUCUGACCCACUUCAAUGCUGAGCUGAGUCAGAGGAUGACCCCACCAAUGCCAAAUCCCAGCAAGAACCCUAUGAUGCCCUACAUCCAGCAGCAGCAGUCCCAGCAGCCCCAGCUGCAAGCUCAGAUGGCACACCUGAGCGAGGAACAGAAACGCAUGCUCAUCAUGAAGCAGAAAGGAAUGAUGAAUCAGUCCAUGGCAUAUGCAACACUUCCUUCCCUUGGCCAGGAGCAGGCAGCAGUAGGCAGAUCCCAGCCAAGUAGACCCAUCCAGCAGGGUGGGAAGAGUGAAGGUUCACCCCGAGUAACGUGGCCUUCUCUCUGGCCCUUCCUGGGAAACCAGCCCCAAACAGCCAUAAUGAAGCAGAUGCUGAUUGAGCAGAGAGCCCAGCUCCACGUCAUAGAGCAGCAGAAGCAGCAGUUUCUACGAGAGCAAAGGCAGCAGCAGCAGCAGCAGAUCCUGGCAGAGCAGUUGCAGCAGCAGUCACAUUUGCCUCGACAGCAUCUGCAGCAACAGCGGAGCCCGUAUCCGGUGCAACAGGUCAAUCAGUUCCAAGGUAAAACUGUGAGAAACCAAGCAGCACUCCAGAGCAUGAGGACGUCCCGAAUGAUGGCCCAGAACGCGAGCAUGAUGGCCAUGGGUCCCUCCCAGAACCCCAGCACACUGCCCACGACUGCAGGCCAGUCAGACAUGGGCAUGGCCCCUUACAGCAACGCCUCCUCCAGCCAGCCGGGGAUGUACAGCAUGAGCACAGGGAUGAGCCAAAUGUUGCAGCACCCAAACCAAAGCAGCAUGAGCAUGGCACACGGCACGGGCCAGGGGACGAGGCAGCCUGCCUCUGGACAAGCAGUGGGAAUGGUGGGCAGUUUUGGUCAGAACAUGCUGGUAAACUCUGCUCCUCCCCAGCAUCAGCAGCAGCUGAAAGGACCAGUGAGCCAGGUCCUACCCAGGCCACAAGCACCACGGCUUCAAAACCUGAUGGGCACUGUCCCCCAGGGAGCACAGAACUGGCAGCAGCGAGGCUUGCAAGGGAUACCGGGAAGGACUAGCGGGGAAAUGGGGCCCUUCAACAACGGCACAACGUACCCCAUGCAGUCUGGGCAGCCACGGCUGCCCAAGCAACACUUCCCACAGGUGCUUAAUCAGACAGUUGUGGACACAAGUGGAACAGUAAGAGCCCUGACCCCAGCGAUGGGACGGCAGUUGCUGCAGCAGCUGCCUGGGCAACAAGGAGCCAGCCAGGCCAGGCAGCUGGUGAUGCCUGCAAUAAGCCAGGGGGUCCCUGCAAUGUCUGGCUUCAGUCAGACCCCGGCACAGCAAAUGCCAGGUGGUAACUUUGGUCAGAGCAGCCAAGGCCAGGCCUACGAAAGGAAUCCCACUCAGGACAUAUCUUACAACUACAGCAAUGAAGGAGCAGGGGGGUCCUUCUCCAGCUUAGCAGAGGGUGCAGACCUUGUGGACUCCAUCAUUAAGAGCGGACCAGGGGAUGAGUGGAUACAAGAACUCGAUGAGUUGUUUGGAAACCCCCAAUGAAUGGGCUUGUAUAGUCUAGAGCUUUGGUUGUUAUGUUUGAAAAAAGAAAAGAGAGAGGUGGAUAUUCUCCC